AUGGGUUGGCGCAUGUAUGUUUGUAAUUGUUAUCGCUUCCUGUUGACUAGUUCCAUUAAUCAAUAUACAUGUAUUUACUAUGUUUUUAUAGGAAUUGAGGUAAAUACUACAGUCAUUGGUGAAAAUGAUCCUAUUGAUGAAGUUCAGGGGUUUCUCUUUGGAAGGCUAAGAGACCUGCACCCUGAGCUGACUGGACAAUUGAAAGAACUCAGAAAGCAUCUUGUGGAGAGCACCAAUGAAAUGGCACCUUUGAAAGUUUGGCAAUUACAAGACCUCAGUUUCCAGACUGCUGCCCGAAUCUUGGCUGCUCCUGCAGAGCUAGCUUUGGUGGUUAUGAAGGAUCUUAGUCAGAAUUUUCCUGCCAAAGCCAGAGCGAUAACGAAAACAGCUGUGAGUUCAGGACUUAGAACUGAAGUGGAAGAAAAUCAGAAGUAUUUCAAGGGAACUUUAGGAUUACAGCCUGGAGAUUCAGCUCUCUUCAUCAAUGGACUUCAUAUUGAUUUAGAUACACAGGAUAUAUUCAGUCUGUUUGAUGUGUUGAGGAAUGAAGCCCGGGUCAUGGAGGGUCUUCAUAGACUAAGAAUAGAAGGCCUUUCUCUGCAUAAUAUUUUGAAGCUGAACAUUCAGCCCUCUGAGGCUGAAUAUGCCAUUGACAUCAGGAGUCCAGCUAUUUCAUGGGUCAACAACCUGGAAGUUGAUAGCAGAUAUAACUCCUGGCCUUCCAGUCUACAAGAGUUGCUGCGCCCCACCUUUCCUGGUGUCAUCAGGCAGAUCAGGAAGAACUUGCACAACAUGGUGUUCAUAGUUGAUCCUGCACAUGAGAAUACAGCAGAGUUGAUUAACACAGCUGAGAUGUUCCUCAGUAAUCAUAUACCUCUAAGAAUUGGUUUUAUCUUUGUGGUUAAUGACUCUGAAGAUGUUGAUGGCAUGCAGGACGCUGGAGUGGCUGUUCUCAGAGCGUAUAAUUACGUGGUCCAGGAUAUGGAUGAGUAUCAUGCCUUCCAAACUCUGACACGUGUCUAUAACAAGGUGAAAACUGGAGACAAAGUGAAAGUUGAACAUGUGGUCAGUGUCCUGGAGAAGAAAUAUCCAUAUUUAGAAGUGAAUAGCAUUUUGGGGAUUGAUUCUGCUUAUGAUCAGAAUCGGAAGGAAGCAAGAGGCUACUAUGAGCAGACUGGCAUUGGUCCGCUGCCUGUCGUUCUGUUCAACGGAAUGCCCUUUGCAAAGGAACAGCUAGAUCCUGAUGAGUUGGAAACCAUCACAAUGCACAAAAUCCUGGAGACCACUACCUUCUUCCAAAGAGCAGUGUACCUGGGUGAACUGUCUCACGAUCAAGAUGUGGUAGAGUAUAUCAUGAACCAGCCAAAUGUUGUUCCACGAAUCAACUCUAGGGUUUUGACAGCUGAGCGAGAGUACCUGGAUUUAACAGCAAGUAAUAACUUUUUUGUGGAUGAUUAUACUAGAUUUUCUGUCCUGGAUUCCCAAGGCAAGACCGCUGCUAUAGCCAAUAGUAUGAACUAUCUGACAAAGAAAGGAAUGUCCUCCAAGGAAGUCUAUGAUGAUUCUUUUAUUAGGCCAGUAACCUUUUGGAUUGUUGGAGACUUUGAUAGUGCUUCUGGACGGCAGUUAUUGUAUGAUGCUAUUAAACAUCAAAAAUCCAGUAACAAUGUUAGGAUCAGCAUGAUCAAUAAUCCCAGUAAAGAAAUAAGUUACAAGCACACUCAGAUCUCCAGAGCAAUCUGGGCAGCUCUCCAGACACAGACCUCCAACUCUGCCAAGAACUUCAUCACCAAAAUGGUCAAAGAGGACACUGCAGAGGCGCUGGUGGCAGGGGUGGACAUCGGGGAGUUCUCUGUUGGGGGCAUGGAUUUCAGUCUUUUUAAAGAGGUGUUUGAGUCUUCCAAAAUGGAUUUCAUUUUGUCUCAUGCCGUGUACUGCAGGGAUGUCCUGAAGCUGAAGAAGGGACAGAGGGCAGUGAUCAGCAACGGAAGGAUCAUUGGGCCAUUGGAGGAUAAUGAACUUUUUAAUCAAGAUGAUUUCCACCUCCUAGAAAAUAUCGUCUUGAAAACUUCAGGACAGAAAAUAAAAUCUCAUAUUCAACAGCUUCGAGUAGAAGAAGAUGUGGCCAGUGACUUAGUAAUGAAGGUAGAUGCUCUCCUGUCAGUUCAACCCAAAGGAGAUGCAAGAAUUGAGUACCAGUUUUUUGAAGACAAACACAGUGCAAUUAAACUGAGGCCGAAGGAAGGGGAGACAUACUUUGAUGUUGUGGCUGUCGUUGACCCUGUCACCAGAGAAGCACAAAGGCUUGCCCCACUGCUGUUGGUUUUGACUCAACUGAUAAACAUGAAUUUAAGAGUGUUUAUGAAUUGCCAAUCUAAACUUUCGGACAUGCCUUUAAAAAGCUUUUACCGUUAUGUCUUAGAACCAGAGAUUUCUUUCACUUCAGACAAUAACUUUGCUAAGGGUCCAAUAGCAAAAUUUCUGGAUAUGCCACAGUCUCCAUUGUUCACCCUGAAUCUGAAUACACCUGAGAGUUGGAUGGUAGAAUCUGUCAAAACACCAUAUGAUCUUGAUAAUAUUUAUUUAGUAGAGGUGGACAGUGUAGUGGCUGCCGAGUAUGAGCUGGAGUACCUGUUACUUGAAGGUCAUUGCUAUGACAUCACCACAGGCCAACCCCCACGGGGACUGCAGUUUACCCUAGGAACUUCAGCCAAUCCCGUCAUUGUGGACACCAUUGUAAUGGCCAAUUUGGGCUACUUUCAGCUAAAAGCCAACCCAGGAGCUUGGAUUCUCAGACUUAGGAAGGGACGCUCUGAAGAUAUUUAUAGAAUCUACAGCCAUGAUGGUACAGAUUCUCCUCCUGAUGCUGAUGAGGUGCUUGUCAUCCUCAAUAACUUCAAAAGCAAAAUUAUUAAAGUGAAGGUUCAGAAGAAGGCAGACAUGGUGAAUGAAGACUUGCUGAGUGAUGGAACAAAUGAGAACGAAUCUGGAUUUUGGGACUCAUUCAAAUGGGGCUUUUCAGGAGGACAGAAGACUGAGGAGGUGAAACAAGAUAAAGAUGACAUAAUUAAUAUCUUCUCUGUUGCAUCCGGACAUCUCUAUGAAAGAUUUCUGCGCAUAAUGAUGCUAUCAGUGCUGAAGAAUACCAAGACUCCUGUGAAAUUCUGGUUCUUGAAGAAUUAUUUGUCCCCCACAUUUAAGGAGUUUAUACCUUACAUGGCAAAUGAAUACAAUUUCCAUUAUGAGCUUGUUCAAUACAAAUGGCCCCGGUGGCUUCAUCAACAGACUGAAAAACAGCGCAUCAUCUGGGGCUACAAGAUCCUCUUCCUGGAUGUACUUUUUCCACUAGCUGUUGACAAAUUCCUAUUUGUGGAUGCUGAUCAGAUUGUACGGACAGAUCUGAAAGAAUUAAGGGAUUUCAAUUUGGAUGGUGCCCCUUAUGGUUAUACCCCCUUCUGUGACAGCCGAAGGGAAAUGGAUGGCUACAGGUUCUGGAAAUCAGGAUACUGGGCCAGUCAUUUAGCUGGGCGGAAGUACCACAUCAGUGCAUUGUACAUUGUGGAUCUGAAGAAGUUUAGGAAAAUAGCUGCUGGAGACAGACUCAGGGGACAGUACCAAGGUCUGAGUCAGGAUCCCAACAGCCUUUCAAAUCUGGAUCAAGAUCUGCCCAAUAACAUGAUCCAUCAGGUACCAAUCAAGUCACUGCCUCAAGAAUGGCUUUGGUGUGAAACGUGGUGUGACGACACCUCUAAGAAAAGGGCCAAGACCAUCGAUCUGUGCAAUAAUCCAAUGACCAAAGAGCCUAAGCUAGAGGCUGCUGUGCGAAUUGUCCCAGAGUGGCAGGACUAUGAUCUAGAGAUCAAACAGCUCCAGAUCCGUUUUCAGAAGGAGAAGGAAAUGGGAACAUUAUUUGAGAAGAAAAUAAAAGAGCCAACCCAGGAAGCAUCUCAGACACGACGUGAAGAAUUAUGAUCUGUGGAGGAAGAUAGGAAGUGGCAACAUUGAAAAACAGUUUUUAUACUAAAUGCUAGUUUUUUCUGUUCUGUCUAUACAACUGCUGAUAAACUCACUGGGCAGGUGUGCCAGCCCUUUUGAUGCUGAGCAUUUGAUUUUGACUUCUGCACACCAAUGGGCACUGGAUCUUCGGGGUCAGGGCUCUAUUGGAUUUGUACCUCAGAGGAAGAAAAGUGGCUGAUCUUUUGGGACUCUGUAAAGAGCAGUCUUCUCACCAGAGGAAGAAAUGGCAGCGGCGGCAGCAGGAAGAUGAAUCUUUUGGAGCCCACAUCCAAGAGCACACACAUGCUGCACUAUCCUAGGAAGGAGGCCAAUAGAGCUGCCAUGUUCUUCCUUACCUCAGUUUACCUGCAGCUCAGGCUGCACCUCAGAUGCCCACCCAGUGUGGUUCAGGCUGGCAGAAGCUUUGUCCAAGGCCCACAAACCUGGAAAUUUAUACCAACACUUCCCCUGUGCCCCUCCCCCCAUCUCUUCCAAAGUGCUAGGUCCAUUGUUCAAUCAAAACCAAAUCAGCAAUUGUGUAUCUUCAGGGUUGGCUCAGUACAGUGGGUAAGCAAAUUAAUUUUGGGACAGAUGGGAAUGGUUGAUUGGGGUAAAGGUAGAGAAAAUAGGCAUAGGAGGGCUCAGGGGUGUUGGGGGAGGAAGAUUAGAAUUUGCUGGUUCUCUUUUAUAAACCAUCAUUACCAUUGUGGCUAAUAUGAAAUGAAACCCUUAUUCCCCACCCAGUCCCAGUGAACUUUCUUAGGUAAUUGUUUUGUAAACAGUUUUUGUAUUUGUGAAAGUCUUUGCUUUUUCUUUCCAUUUUCUUUUUUUUUAAAGUCUGUCAACCAUUUCCUGACUGGACAUAGCCGUCCCAAGCCCCUAGUGACCUAGUGAUCCAUCUCAGGGGACUUGGGCUCCCUCCAGACAGUCACCUCAUCUUUUUCUCUUUCCUACAUAGCAUUUUCUUAGACUCAGAGGCAGUUGGCUUGGAUUUUUCUCAACAAAGUGGUACCAGGUCUAAGACCAGGAAGGAUUCUGACUAUGAACUCAUGCUUUUUUGUAUAGUGUCCUGUGUUCCUUUUGUUUUAGCUCUGUGAUUGCCUUUGGCUUGCAGAAAUUAGUAGAGUUCACAGCAGUUCUGUUGUGCUGUAGUUGCACCACGAAGCACUGUCAGCCCCUUAGCUGUUUCUUUGUGUCUUUCCUUCACUGCCCAGCAUUGCCCCUGGAGGAGGAGGCGUGGCUGAGGAUGGGCAAAGGUCCUCAGUGUGUUGUUGGUUCAGCAGCAUGAACACUGCACCUGCCUUCCAGUUCACAUGGACUUGUUGUUCCUAUUUUGCCCACUUUUUAAAAAUAAGGAUGGCAGAGAGCUUGGUGAAAGUGCUUACUAGCAUAGUGAGGCCUUAGGUUUUAUCCCCUUCCCCACAUAAAAACAGAAAAAUAGGAACAGGUGCAAGUGGAUAGCUAAGUCUUUACUCCCUUCUAAGCCAUUGAUGUGCACUUUUCUUUUUAAACCACAGUGUUACUCCAAAUAUCAAUAAUUUAUCUUUUCCAUUUUCAGAUGCAAAAGGUAGCUUAGGAGCCUCACAGUCUCAAGAAGUUUUUGUUGUUGUUUUGUGUUGGUUUGGUUUUGGUUCUUGGUCCUUGAGGCAGGAUCUUCCUAUGUAGCCCAGGCUGAAAAGCUGACCUGGAGCUCAUGAGCCUCCCAAGUGCUGGGAUUACAAGUAUGUGCCAUCAUGUCUAGCUCUGAAGGACCUUUUGACUUUGCUUUCAUAAUUUCAUAAGAAGUUGAGGAAGGGAGAAAGGCUGUGGCAUAGUUUCUCCCUGCCCAGCCCUAAUCUGGGUCAAGCAGUUAAAGGGAUAAGAUUGUGACAUCAAGAAACUUUUGUUCAGGCUUCAUCUUCACAUUUAAUUAAGCUUUCAGAGAGGCUGCAGCUGCUGUCCAGAAUUGUAGGCAGAAAAGUACCUUUUCCCCAGGGCGCUGUCUGGGAGGCUGAGCAGGAAAUACUCAAGUCAGUGGGAUAUGCUUUUGUUUUGUUUUGUUUUGUUUUUUGGUACCAGGGAUCAGACCAGUGGAACCACUGAGCUAAAUCCCUGGCCAGUGGGAUAUGCUUUUAAAUGCUGAUUCCACUAGCCAGCUUUCACCCUGCCUUUUAACAACUCUCAUGAAUAUUCUACAUAAAAGGUACAGCGUUUUUAAAAUACAUACAUUCUCUGUAGGGUGUGUUUCCUGGUGUCACUGAUGGUCUGUAUCUGUUACCGCCGUGACAUAAGCCUUAUCAGUAGUUGACUGAAUGAUACAAGCUUAAUUCUGAGGAAGUCUAGGCCCCUCCUUCUGCCAAUCUCUUUCUUUCCUUAUGUAGCAUAAUCCCCUUUCCACAUUAACCAGUGCCCGGGGAAUGGUGGUACCACUGUAAUGUAGUCCUGGUUGCUCUAUCUGUCCUGUCUGCUCUGAGAACAUAUACUGUGCCUUGGAAUAGUUUGUUUUCUCCAGAAGCAGAAACUGAUAGCUCUGAAAGUUCAAGCUUCUGGAAACUGUCACAGUGCAUUGUUCGUAGCCUUUGUGAAUAAUGGAUUUAUAUUUCUCAUCAUGCCAUAGUGGAAAUUUCCCUUUCUGAAUCAGCAGAGUGAUAUGAAAUAAUGUGAUGUGUCAGAAUGACAUGCAGUAAUGGGAACCUGUUUUUUUGUUCUGUGAGCAGUGUGUUUGAGAUCAGAACCUGUCACAGCCUGCUUCUGGGGGUGUGCCAUGGUCAGGGUCUCUGGCCACCUGGGUUUGGUUAAAGUGUACUGAGUACUUAGCACAUUGAGAGCAAUGACAUGUGGAUUUUCAGUAAGACUGGUGAGGCUGAGAGUCUGUCAAAAAUUGCAUUUCAGAUUGAGCAUUCAGGUGUUGCAUAUACUAAGUGCACAGGCUUCACAGUGGCCCGUGUAUUUUGAGCUCAACUCUUGAGAUAGCAUAGAUGACAUAUUGAAUAUAUUAAGACAAUUUCUGUAAAGGGAGCUUAAUUUCCUCUGCUGUUUACACAUCUUUAUGUUCUGAACCUUAAGGCUCUGCCUGAACAACUUUUAUGAAGGGCUGAGAGCUAGAGAGGGGAGUACAAUUUUUAGAAGAGACUAGCCCAGGUGAGAGGAAGGAAGGAAAUCUCUAAGCUCCCUUUAGCUGGGAAGUGUACUUUACUGACACCAUAUUGUCUUAUGCAGGUUGGACACCACUCACACAGCAGAGAAUGGCUCCUCUCCUCCCCACUUUCCCCAAUGAGUACAUGUAGGUCCAUGAAAGCAGUCUUUUUCUAAACUUGCUGUUCUGAAUUUGGCUUAAAUGAAUAAAAGAAAUAAUUCAACUCAAGAGUUACAAGGGAAUUCUGGUCCAUUUUUCCUGGAUAGAAUUUCACUGAAAGGGAAGUGUAUUGGUAAAGACACUUGAUGGAAACUUUGUCUCGGUAACAAAAGUGAAGGGUGAAUUAAAAAAUGGAGAAUAUAUCAUGUGCAAAGUUAUUUAAGUAUGUAUACCAUUGUUUAAUUUUAAUAAUUAACUUUUUAAGUACCUGAUUUUACGGGGUCAUUUUCUGGCAGUAAUCAGAAUCAAAUAUAGCUUGUCAUAGGCUUAGUUUGGUAGGGUAACUAUUUAUUUAAAGUCUUGUUUUCUCUGCCUUAAUGUAGUGAAGAAAGGAUCUAAAUUAGGACUUUGUUCAUUACCUGAUUGAAUUUAUGAUUAGCUCAGGUCAUUGCUGAGAUUUCAGAGUAUCUAGUGGAUGUACACUUCUCAUUAUUUGUUUUAUUUCUCCAUAUAAUACAGAAACUGCUUCUGUACUCCAUGCGCAAUGAGUCAGUGAAUGGAGCAGAGGCUCCCACUCCCUCACGGUGUCACUGAGUGCUGACAGUUUACAAAAACAAACCACAAAAUCGACUUCAAGCAACUGCACGCCCCCUAGAAGUAAUCUGUAAAGUUUAAAGUCCAUGGUAAUGAUUUUUGCAAACAAGAGGCCCCCUUCUGAGCAUUCCCAGUUCCCUAGCAACACAGAGGCAGCUGUGGCAGGGCAAGUGGGACAUAGCAUGGGGUACAGAUCCAAGGCCUUCCUCCCACUUGUGUUUCGGCAUUGCCUUACUUAUUACUAUUGAGAGUUGCAGAGGAACUGUAACAGCAACAAAAAGCAAAAUACACUUAACCAAAUGUUGACGAUUUGGAACAAAAAGUUAUCAAGUACUGUACCAUAUUUUCCAAAUAGUUAACACAGAAAUAAGGUAAACAAGGGAAAACUGAGACAAAGGUUAGGAUUUUUAAAGAAAUAAUGUUUUAACAAUCUUUAUAAGUAUCAACCUUACUGUAAUUCUGUCCCAUUAAAUUCAACAUGUGUUCAGGUGCUGCCCCAUGCUCAGGAACAGCUUUGGGGUUUAAGUCUGUAGGGUCUCUGCAUCCAAAGGGAACUGAGAAAGAAUUUCUUGAUACUGUAAUGAAAAUAAGGUCUGCUCAACACAAUAAACUUUUUCCUCUCUUCUUUAAA